AUGGCCGACUCCAAAGCUUCAGGCUUCUCCAAGGUGGUCCAGAAACACUCGCUGCGAGCCAAAGAAAGGUUUUUGCAAAACUUUGGCAAGAAGGACCGCACCACCGAUGAGCUGUUCGAGAUCUAUCAGAACAACUUCGCCAAGCAGCAGGCUUCGGCGAUGCGCCUGCAGAAAGAGCUGAAGAACUACGCCACCUGCGCUCGCGAGAUGCAGGCCGCCUCGAAGUCGCUGAUGGAGUGCGUCGCCGACAUCUACGAACACGACUGGCCCGGCCAGGACCAGCUGCCGCACAAGGCACAGUCGCUGGAGCUGCUCUGGGGCGACCUCUGCCACAAAAUCAACGACCAAUGCACAAUCCCGCUGAGCACCUACCUCAGUCAGUUCUCGGAGAUUCGCAACAAGAUCGACAAGCGCGGUCGGAAGCUGCUGGACUACGACGGCAGUCGGCACAACCUCGAGACGGUGCAGGCGGCCUCGAAGAAGCGUGACGACCUGAAAGUGACGAAGGCGCGCGAGCAGAUGGAGGAGAGCCGGCGGCUGUACGAGGUGCUCAACAAGGAGCUGCACGAGGAGCUGCCCGCCCUCUACGACAGUCGGAUUCCCUUUUUCGUGAACACCUUCCAGACGAUGUUCUCCUCGGAGGCGACCUUUCACGCCGAGUACGCCAAGGUCUACGCCCAGUUCACCGAGCUGAUUGAGGUGCUGGCGGCGGAGGCGGCCAAGGGCACCUACCAGACCGACGUCAACCGGUACCUGGCCGGCAAUCAGUCGCCCUACGUUCUCAAGGGGGCGGUGCACCUCGACGAGGAUGGGCAGCCCAUCUCCGGAGGCGUCUACGGAGACGGCUCCAACUCGCCGCUCUCCUCACCGCCCAACAACAGCAGCACACAGCUGAAUGCCUCCUCGAUCAGCUACAACAGCAAUGCCGGUGACAAUGACGGCGGUGAGGAGCACUUGCCAGGUGGUGGUGGAGGUGCUGGUAAUGGAGAGGCAGGAGAUGGAAGCGGUCACCAGCACAACAGACAGAGCUCAGGCUCAAAUACGGCCGUCAUCACGACGAAUGGGGAUGGCAACAACAGCAAUAGUGCCGCUGCAGGCGCUGGUGAUGCUAACCACAAGAACGCAAGUGAAAAGAAGUCAGACGAGCUGUACGAGAUUCCCGUUGGUGCCACUACAAAAGACCUUCCACAGGGGGUGCUCUACAAGGUAAAAGCUACUUACAAAUACGCGGCAGAGGACAAUGACGAGCUCAGUUUUGAGAGUGGUGAGAUCAUUGAUGUGGUGCAGUACGAAGAUCCAGAAGAGCAAGAAGAAGGUUGGCUAAUGGGCAUUCGGGAGAUUUCAGGCGAAAAGGGCCUUUUUCCUGCAAACUUUACCAGACCGAUUUGA